AUGGUGUACAACGGAUUAACAACCAAAAAACGUACAAUGCUUGAUGAUGGAAAUGAGGAGUUAAACAUCACAGUUGCCGUUCGUUGCAGGGGGCGAAAUGAAAGGGAGAUCAAAGCCAAGAGUGCGGUAGUUGUUACAGUUCCAGAUGUAACAGGGUCAAAUGAAGUUUCCAUAAAUACAACGGGGGAUAUUGGGAUUGCAGGGAAAAUGAAUUCGAGGACUUACACUGUUGAUCAGGUUUUUGGGCCAAGUGCCGACCAGAAAUUGAUUUUUAAAAACAUUGCUGAACCAUUGUUUGAUGAUUUUAUCAAGGGUUACAACUGUACUGUGCUUGUGUAUGGGAUGACAUCUACGGGGAAGACAUACACUAUGACUGGAGAUGAAAAAUUGUAUGAUGGAGAGCUUAGUGAUUCCGCGGGUAUUAUUCCUAGGGUUUUGUUUCGAUUGUUUGAUACUUUAGAAGCAACUGAGAGUGAUCAUUUAGUGAAAUGUUCAUAUAUUGAACUUUAUAACGAAGAAUUGAAAGAUUUAUUGGAUGACACACCCGAUUAUUCUAAGAGAUUGAGGAUCUUUGAUUCUAAUACUAUUACUAAUAGUAGAGCUGGAUCCCAGAAUAACUCUCCGAAAGAACAAGAUGGUACGUCAUCUAGCAUGGCGAAAAGACGCUAUACACAUAUUCCAACGAAGCCAAAAAGGCCGUCCCUUAAUAAACAGCUUCUUUAUGAACAAAGUUCAGCUAUAUAUAUCCAAAAUCUGCAGGAAUUCCAUAUAACUAAUGCUCGUGAAGGUAUCAGCGUUUUACAAAAAGGUUUGAAACAUAGACAGGUAGCUUCAACAAAAAUGAACGAUUUUUCUAGCCGAUCUCACACCAUAUUUACAAUAAUGCUCUAUAAAAGCUAUGAGGGAGAGCUUUUUAGAAUAUCUAAAAUGAAUUUAGUUGAUCUUGCGGGAUCUGAGAAUAUUAGUAGAUCUGGAGCACAAAAUCAAAGAGCCAAGGAGGCGGGAUCUAUAAACCAAAGCUUGUUAACAUUAGGUCGUGUGAUAAAUUCGCUCGCGGAUAAGAGCAUUCAUAUUCCAUUUCGUGAGUCAAAGUUAACCAGACUGUUGCAGGAUUCACUUGGUGGCAAUACGAAGACUGCACUAAUCGCAACCAUUUCACCUGCAAAAAUAAAUGCAGAUGAGACAUCUAGCACUUUAGAAUACGCAACAAAGGCGAAAAACAUUAAAAACAGACCCCAAUUAGGUUCAUUCAUGAUGAAAGACAUCCUAGUCAAAAGUAUUUCGAGUGAGCUUUCGAAAUUAAAGUCUGAUUUCUUAUCAACUAAAGCUAAAGAGGGUAUUUACAUGAGCCAUGAGCAUUACCAAGAGAUGGUGAAUGAUCUAGAAAAUUACCAAACAGAGAUUCAGGAAUCUAAACGCCAAGUUGAAUCUUUUUCGUCGCAAAAUUCUUUGCUUUUAAAGGAUAAGAAAGCAUCCCAGCAAUUAAAUGAACUUCAAGAUAUGAAGAUAACCAGGUUGCAAAAUACAAUUGAAUAUUUAUGUGACAAAAUUGAAAGACAGCAUCGCAAUGAAAUUGACUUGGUUAGUACAAUUCACAAGUUAAAGGAGGCACUUCAUACCAUGAAAGGUUCCUUACAAAAUUAUGAAACGCAUGAACUGAGGUUGCAAAACGACAUCAAAGAAGUCUUAUAUCAAGGUAUUACAUCUUAUCGUGAAUCUAUGGAUCAGCAUUUGGAAACAGUUAAAACUCGUAUGCUUGAUAAAAAUUUAUCCAUAAAUCACAAUAUGGAUGAAAUUCGUACCAUUUUCCAUGAGACAUUGGACUCCGUACGAUCCGCAGGUUCUGAUAUGUGUACAAAUAUUGUUAAAAUUGUGAAGGAUCAACCCUCUACGUCUUAUCAGCAAUUUAAGGAGGCUCUUGGUGAUUUAGACACUAAAGUCCAAACUUACUCUGUAACAUUGACCAACAAACUAACCGAAAUGACUGAAGAGAACAAUAAUAUGAAGGAAUACUUGGAUGAGCACUUCUUAAAAAAUAAUAAUCAAGAGAUGCUUGAUUUGCGAAUGGAAAAAGCAUAUCAUAAAUCUAAGACUGCAUCAGAUGCUUUAAUAUCCUCAGUAGUUUCAAUGAUGGAGUCGCAUAUGGAAGAGAGCAGAAAUCUAAUGCUAAGUUCAAUGAAGGAUGCAGUUUCAGAGAUGAUCGACAAAGAAUUAGAAAUGUUUCAACCUGUUAAGGAGAGGUGGGUUUUAUCAUUUGAAAAUAUUAACGAGUGUGAUGCUGCUCACCAGCAAUUUGAGAAUAAAUCCACAAAACUGCUAACAAAUUUAAAGGAAUUGGCUGACAACUCUGUGGUGGCUGCUGAUGAUGUAGCAAAACAAGUUCAAGAAAAUGUUACUAACUUUGAAGGGAUUGUCAGACAAGCCUCUGCCAAGGAAUCAAUUGUGAAGCAAAUGAAUGACAUUAACGAUAAGCAUAAGAUGCUUGAGGACCACUUUGAAAACAACAUCAAAUACUUUAAAGAAUCAAGUAAGGGAUUUGAAGAAAUGGAUUGUUCGAUAAAAAAAAUUAUUAGAGAGAUGAGUCCUGAAGUUGGAGAUAUUAAACAAAUAGAAGCUUUGCUUGAACGUGUCAAUUCCAGAUCUUUUGGCCCUAUUGCAUCGACAGGAAAGACGCCGAUGAGGCCAGAACUCAAAAACCCAAUUCCAAAAACUAGAUCUAGGUCUAUGUCACCGAUUAAAAGUCUUGACACUAAUGUUGUUCACGUCGUGCCGUUGAUAAAACGAGGAACCAUGGAUAUAGAAGUGGACGGACCGGCGAUGAAGAAGAUAAAGUGA